AUGACUAAUGUAUCAGCUAACACCUCUUCUUCUUCAUUUUCAUCAAGGGCGAAAAUCUUUUCGAAUGCACAAACCAUCGCUUGGAGUUUUGCGUUUUCGGCGCAAGCUGUUGCUGUCGUCUUGGGGAAUAUGCUCGCAAUUGCACUCUUUGCAUUUAACAAGAAGCUUCGCAAAAAGAAAAGUUUAUAUCUUGUUAUGAAUAUGGCGUAUGCUGAUCUAAUGUUGGGAGGAAUCUUUCUCCCUUCUUUUAUUUUUUUCCUGGUGAAUCCUGAAAACCAGGCAUCAUAUGAAAUAUCUUUUUUCCGCAACAUCAUCUGCGCCUUUUUCUCACUGGCCUCGUCUAUUACCGCUGCUUUGAUAUCUGCUGAGAGAUUUUACGCCAUUUAUUGGCCAUUAAAGCACCGAACACUUUCUACGCGAGCAUACAGGCUUGUUAUUUUGAUGGUGUGGACGUUGGCUAUCCUAUUUUCCACGGUUUAUGUCCUACUUUUCUGGAGCCCAAUGACGUUAAACAGUUUCCUGUGUUCAUACAUCUUGCUUCUAGUAUUGACUAUCUGCGGCCUCAACAUCGGUAUUUGGAGAAAGUUUAAGCAGAAAACUCCUUCUCAUCAACAAAAUAGAGCCUUUCAAAAGCAGCGCCUAACAAAAGCCUUAUUAUAUGUAUCUGCUUUUACUUUGAUUUCGUGGAUCCCUAUAUCUCUUUGCAAGUUAAUAGGCUCCUUCGGAUACAACAUACAUGACCACAUUUUGCUGUUAGCUUAUUUUAUGUAUCUUUCCAGCUCGUUUAUCAAUCCAGUGGUGUACGCAAUAAGAAUUCCUGAGAUUAAACAAGCUUUGCCUAAUGUAUGCUGUUUUAGAAGACGGGCAUUGAUAGACAGCAAAGGAAAUAUAGAAAGACUUAAUAUGGCCGCAGCC